CAAUACUAUUGUUCCGCCAUCGAGAAAUAAACACUGCACAAAUCAGAGAGAGAGUUGCGAACUUGAGAGAUAGAGAGAGGAAGAUGGCAACUCUUGAUUCCGACGUUCCGAUGGUUCCCGCCGGCGAGCCUUCGAGCAGUGCCGGCCCUUCUUCCAAGAAGCCGAAGCGCUUCGAAAUCAAAAAGUGGAACGCCGUCGCUCUCUGGGCUUGGGACAUCGUUGUUGAUAACUGUGCUAUCUGCCGGAACCACAUCAUGGAUCUCUGCAUCGAGUGCCAAGCCAACCAGGCUAGCGCCACUAGCGAGGAAUGCACUGUGGCUUGGGGAGUUUGUAACCAUGCUUUUCACUUCCAUUGCAUUAGUCGAUGGCUAAAGACCCGUCAAGUUUGUCCUCUAGAUAACAGUGAGUGGGAGUUUCAGAAAUACGGCCACUAGAACUUUUUGACGUGGUUGAGCUCCUUGGACAUUUGGACUGUUUAUCCUAGCUUUUCAAUAUUUACAGCCCUCUGUUAUUUUCUCUUGCUUGUCUACUGACUUUAUUAUGUUCAAGAAAUCAGUGUCUAAUGAAAUUUAAUAUACACGGAUGGUAAUAUGUAAAGUUUUAUUUUAAUGCUUUGAUUUGUGUAAUUCAUAUGCUUCCUUUCAGUUGUUUGUGUUUGUAGUGUUGUUGAGCUGUGAGCUGGUUAAUUUAUAAUCGACAAUGUUUUUUUUUUCAUCAAUUUUAAAUCUCAUUCGAGCAUAUUUGCAGGAU